AUGCCUAAAAACUACAGCCGAACAUCACAAAGAACAAUUGCGUACUUGCAAAAAGACUUGGAAACUGCUGUAGAAAAAGUAAGAAAAAAAGAACUAACUAAUUAUGCUGCAUCAAAACUUUACGGGAUUCCAGCAUCUACCCUUAGUGAUCGAGUUAAUGGUAAAACAGGUUUAAAAAGUCGUACCCUAGGAAGAUCACAUGCUAUACCUUUAGAUAUGGAAACCAAACUAGCAUCAGGUCUACGUACAAUGGAAAAAUGGGGUUGGGGCUUAUCUAAAUCUGAAGUGAUUGACAUAGUGGCAGAAUUUAUAAAGAGAAAUAAAAUAAAAACUCCAUUCAUAAAUGAUAUACCAGGGAACGAUUGGUUUCUUUCGUUCCGAAAGCGGCACAAGCUAUCCAUUAAAAAACCUCAACCAAUAGAGUACCUCCGAAAACGCAUGACAGAUCUUUUUGUAAUACACGAGUAUUUCACUUUACUAGAAAGCACCCUUGAGAAGUUGAACCUAAACGACCCGCAUAGGAUUUGGAAUUUAGACGAGACCUCUGUGUCUCUCUGUGUAUGUUUAGAUCCAACAAAAACGAAAGUUGUUGGCGCGGUAGGCGCACCAUGCACAAGGACAACGGCUGGAUCUGCAAUAGAAAAUAUUACCGUGUUAACGACUGUCAACGCGGUUGGCAUCAAAUUGAAUCCUUUAAUUGUAUUUAAAGGGAGCUACAUAUAUGACCAAUGGAUGGCAGAUCAAAAUGAAGAAUAUGAUUUUGAAGUUGCUUAUGCUUCUAGCAAACGCGGUUGGAUGGAGACCGAAAUAUUUUAUAAUUAUAUGGUUAAGGUCACAAUUCCAAGUUUAGGAGAAGAAAGACCAGUGCUCUUAAUUUACGAUGGUCAUAGCACCCACGUUAACGAACGAGUCGUAGCAUUAGCAGCAGAAAACAACAUAACCAUUUUUAAACUGCCUGCUCAUACAUCUCACUUGCUACAACCUUUAGACUUAGCGGUCUUCAAGUCAUUUAAAAGUAUUUGGGACAAAAAACUUGUGGAAUGGCAACGUCAAAAUGUCGGAUUUAAAAUACGUAAGAAAGAGUUUGCUGAAAUGUUUGCACAAGCAUGGAGUCAAACAACACCAAAAGUGAUUCAAAAUGGCUUUAUGAAAGGAGAAUCAAACUCCAAUGUACACAUUGAUGAUCAUCAAGAACCUGGACCAUCGGGAAUAUCAAAAGAAAAGUGUUCGAUUAAGGUAAAAAAUAAUAAGCCUAAGAAUGUUACAAAGAAUAAAAAAGAAAAAAACAGCAAAAACACGAAGUCAAAAUCUGGGAUGAAAAAAGGAGUAAAUAAAAAAUGUUUAACAAAUAACGCAUCUACAGAAGUCUUAGAUCUUUACAAUAAACAAAUUAUACCAAACGAGAACUCUCCAACUCAACGAAUCAAUAUUAAAACUGAAGGUUGUUUGAAGAAAGGUAUUCUCAAACAAAAAAGAAAACAUUUAAAAAGACAAGCCAAAAACUUGCAGAGGUCUUUAAGCACGACGUCUGGAAGCUGUGAAAUGAGCUCACACAGUGAUUCUGAUUUACAAGGCAUAUUAAGCGAUAAUUCCAAAUUUGUCAUGUCUGAUUGGUCGGACACAGAUGAUGAAAACCCAAGAAGAAACACUGAUCUAGAUUUAUUAAAGACAUCAGACAUUGACAUAAUAAAAACAUUACAGAUUGAUGAUAUAAUGGAAUUGACAGACACUGAAAACGGCCAAAAAAAGAAGCAUUCAACGAGAAAUGAUAGAACACAAAAAAGCAUAAAUAACGAUCUGAAGAUGAAUGAUAAUCCACAAAAAGAAAAAAAAAUUAAGUGA